GAGGGAGGGGAGGAGGGAAGGUGUCUACUCUGGUGAGUAGACGGCAGUGGGACACUCCGAUCGGUCGAGCCUGGCUGCCUGGUGGCGAAAACGCUGCGCCAGCAUAGAGCCGGCGGCAGGGAGCGGAGCCAGUCGCCGCGGCCCUCGAGCGGCACAGUCGGGCCGCUGAGCCCCCGAGAUCCGCAGGGUGCGAAGCCCCGGCCUAGGCCCCGCGGAGAUGUCCAGCUGUGGCGCUUGUACCUGCGGCGCUGCGGCCGCCCGGCUGCUCACCACCUCGCUCACCUCCGCGCAGAGAGGUAUUUCUUGUGGGCGCAUUCAUGUGCCCAUUUUAGGAAGACUGGGGACCGUGGACACUCAGAUUCUGCGCAGGGCUCCUCUCAGAACCUUUUCAGAAACACCAGCGUACUUUGCCUCAAAAGAUGGGGCAAACAAAGACGGCUCCGGAGAUGGAAAUAAGAAAUCAGUGAGUGAAGGAAGCAGUAAGAAAUCAGGCUCUGGGAAUUCUGGGAAAGGAGGAAACCAGCUUCGCUGUCCGAAGUGUGGCGACUUGUGCACACAUGUAGAGACCUUUGUGUCUUCCACCCGUUUUGUCAAGUGUGAAAAAUGUCAUCACUUUUUUGUUGUGCUAUCAGAAGCGGACUCAAAGAAAAGCAUAGUUAAAGAACCAGAGUCAGCAGCCGAGGCUGUGAAGUUGGCAUUCCAGCAGAAGCCACCUCCGCCCCCCAAAAAGAUUUAUAACUACCUCGACAAGUAUGUUGUUGGCCAGUCGUUUGCUAAGAAGGUACUUUCAGUUGCCGUGUAUAAUCAUUAUAAGAGAAUAUAUAAUAAUAUUCCAGCUAAUCUGAGACAGCAAGCAGAGGUGGAGAAGCAGACAUCGUUAACACCCAGAGAGUUAGAAAUCAGAAGACGGGAGGAUGAGUACAGAUUUACAAAGUUGCUUCAGAUUGCUGGAAUAAGCCCGCAUGGCAACGCCCUGGGAGCAUCGAUGCAGCAGCAGGUUAAUCAGCAAAUGCCUCAGGAAAAACGGGGAGGCGAAGUGCUGGAUUCUUCUCAUGAUGACAUAAAACUUGAAAAAAGUAAUAUUUUGCUGCUUGGACCAACUGGGUCAGGUAAAACUCUGCUGGCACAAACUUUAGCUAAAUGCCUUGAUGUUCCUUUUGCUAUCUGUGACUGCACGACUUUGACUCAGGCUGGAUAUGUGGGUGAAGACAUUGAAUCUGUGAUCGCCAAACUGCUCCAGGAUGCCAAUUACAAUGUAGAGAAAGCACAACAAGGAAUUGUCUUUCUGGAUGAAGUAGAUAAGAUUGGCAGUGUGCCAGGCAUUCAUCAGUUACGGGAUGUAGGUGGAGAAGGCGUUCAGCAAGGUUUAUUAAAACUUCUAGAAGGCACAAUAGUCAAUGUUCCAGAAAAGAAUUCUCGAAAACUACGUGGAGAGACAGUUCAAGUUGAUACAACAAAUAUCCUGUUUGUAGCAUCUGGUGCUUUUAAUGGCUUAGACAGAAUCAUCAGCAGAAGGAAAAAUGAAAAAUACCUUGGAUUUGGAACACCGUCCAAUCUGGGGAAGGGCAGGCGGGCUGCAGCUGCUGCAGACCUUGCUAACCGAAGUGGAGAGUCCAAUACUCAUCAAGAUAUUGAAGAAAAAGAUCGAUUACUCCGUCAUGUGGAAGCCAGAGAUCUCAUUGAAUUUGGCAUGAUACCUGAGUUUGUGGGACGGUUACCCGUGGUGGUUCCUCUGCAUAGUCUAGAUGAGAAGACACUUGUACAAAUACUAACCGAGCCACGUAAUGCAGUUAUUCCUCAAUAUCAGGCCUUAUUCAGCAUGGAUAAGUGUGAACUGAAUGUUACUGAGGAUGCUUUGAAAGCCAUAGCUAGAUUAAACAUAAAACUGGAACAUAAAACAGAUGUGUGAGGCUUUCAUUGAAAUCCCCAUUGCAGACAGCAUGACAUGGCCUCAAAAAAAAAAAAAAAAAGAAAAGAAAGAAAAGAAAGUCAAAAUUGUAAACAAAAAGAACUCUGUAAGCCUUAAAGUUUAAGGUGUUUGCAACCAAGGGCACAUACACACACUAUAUUGAAGAAAUACAGAAAAUAUGAAUCAGCUGGGUAUGGUAGCACAUACCUCUUCCAGCACUUGGGAGGCAGAGGUAGGCAGAGCUCUGAAUUUGAGGCCAGCAUGGUUUACAUAAUGAGUUGUAAGUCAGCCAAGUCUAUGUAAAGAGAUCCUGUCUCAAAAAAAAAGAAAGAAAGGAAAAGAAAAUCUGAAUCAUUGGAAGGAGAAUUUGAGAAAAUUCUACAGGGCAAUUUGGGGUGGGAUGGGGCAUAUAGAGAGCAAGAUCUCAUGUAGCUCAGGCUGGUCUCAAACGGGCAGCCGUUUAUGGCCUUGAACUCCUGUGUCUGUCUCACAAGCUCUUCGAUUACAGAUGUACUACCAUGUCCAGCGUUACACAUAGCCUUUGACCACUCCUUCUCAGACCUGUUGAAAUCCCCAUUUUAGCCCCUGUGCUUCCAGUGUGCUGUGAGCUUUUUCUUAGAGACCCUAGGGAGGACACAGACUUCCUGACCUCACUUGUUCCUCUCUUGAAAUUUCUCUGCCCUAUUUCCCAGAUCUGGCAUGGAUUACUGUUUCACUGUCUUCUCCCAAAGCAAGUAUAGGAUUAUCUUCCCUGUUAAGAAUUUCACUCUUGUCCCAGCCUCAUCUCAGUAUGACUUCAGUUGUGAACCAUGCAUUUACCACAAGCAGUUUGACACUACCGUGUGGUGAGGCCCUGGUGGUUAAGGUAUUACAGACAUAGACACGCAAAUUGGAAGAACAGGCCAUUGCGUUGACAUGCCUGGAAAAUUGGAUGUGUCAGCAAUUCCCUCCACCCCUCCUAUAGGAAAACUGGUUUUCUAAAGUUUUCUUAAGGUCUACUGCUGCACUUGAGGCAGAUGUUCAUUUGAAUCAGUUUGAAAUUGAAGAAUUUGGUAGAAGUGAUUUUAGGAUUAAUGGACAUAAAAGUAAGGGUUAUUAGUUGAUGGCCUCAGUCAUAUCAUAGAAAAGGCUAGGCAUGCUGGGCAGCAGCAUCUGAGUCUGAAAGUACAGGCUUUGUGUGUGCAUGGUGCCUAGAGAGGCAGGACAGUAGGCAGCUGACUUAUUUGUAAAAUGACCUGAAAGUAAUUAGAAGCUGUUUUAAUAUAACAAAUAGGAAGGCUUUUACAUUGAUUAAAAUUGAAAUGUUUGUAUACAAUUUUCCUCCUAAUUUCUUACCUUUUCUCUCUUUAGGAGAAGCUGUUACUGGAACCAAUGUUCGAAGUUCCUAAUUCUGACAUUGUAUGUGUGGAAGUUGACAAAGAA